AUGAAUUAUGCUGGCUCAUCUAAAGAAGUGGACUGGGAGAAGUAUCAACGACGAUUCGAUCAGGAAUUUGAGAAAUCCGGAACCAAAGAGAAGAUUGUCCAAGAAACGCGAGAACGACUGAACAACAGUAAAUGGGCAGACGAAGUACAACAUAAAUUCGAUGAAUACGUUAAAAGCAAGGUUUGUAAUUAUGUUUAUUGUUAUGUUCUUUAGGGUAUAAAACCAUCAGAACUAAAUGAGAAACACAUGGAAGAAAUUUGCAACGAAAUGAAGGACGAGCUGAGAAGGAUAAUACCUAACGAUAUCAAACGAGACUUGUUGGAGUCAAUAACUGAUUUUAUCGAUGAUCAGAUGUUGGAGGUAAAGAAGGAGGUUUUAAGUUGA